CGCUAUUCUCGGCCACGUGGCUGUUUCUCACAUUGGGAGCGCCAUAGGCGGAUUGUGCACGUGGCCACCGGGAUUAUCAUAGGCAGCAGACCAGAGGGACCAGGAGUGCCAGUGCGGGACCAGAGCGGCCAAAGAGGUCCCAUUGCCGGACCUGAGGGCGGAGGUGCCAUAACCAAAGCACGCACAAGCGCACGUGGGGCUGUCUUCAUCGUUGAGAAGGAUACUGAUCAUCAUCAACCAAGAACUUAAAUCAUGGGUGGCUCAACGGAAGGAGACAGCAGCCAGAAGGCCUCUGGAACCAAUUCCCAGGGAAACAACUGGACCCAUCUGGGACCAUCAGUCUAUGACAACGGCGGGAAUUAUCGGUAUGACAACAAGGAUGACAGCUACUACUACCAGAACAAGGAUGGGUCUACCUACUACAACGAUAAGCAGGGUUACGCCAAGUACACGCCCCCUUCUGAAAAUCCCAGGAAUUUCGAUGAAGAAGAAGAAGAAAAUCCCAGGAAUGUAGAAGAGGAAGAAGGAGAAGAAGAAGAGGGAGAGGAGGGAGAGGAGGGAGAAGAGGGAGAGGAGGGAGAAGAAGAAGAGGAGGAAGAGCAGGAGGAGGAGGAAGAUGAAGAUGAAGAGGAAGAGGAAGAAGAAGAGGAGGGAGAAGAAGAACAGGAGGAAGAGCAGGAGGAGGAGGAAGAAGAUGAAGCGGACGAGGAAGAGGAAGAAUUUGUAGAUGAAGGCUACGAAGAAGAAUAGAUGGAAGAACAAGAGGAGAUGACUGACCCGCAGUUUUUUUUGGGGAGGGACACGGACACACACACACACACACACACACAUGGAGAGAGAGAGAGAGAGAGAGAGAGAGAGAGAGAGAGAGAGAGAGAGAGAGAGAGAGAGAGAGAGAGAGAGAGAUUUAUGAGGGCUGCCUCGGGGUUCUCGAGAGGACGUUCUCAUCCUAUGGAGUAGUAGGAGAAGGGGUCACUCGGACUCACUCCUGAAUAAUGCGAUGGAUGUAUCUGACAGCAAGUUUAAGUGUUACGUCAGUCCAAAAUGGCCAAUCCAAGUGGGAUUAUGAUCCCAGUACUAUCGCAUAUACUGUGGAGGGUGUCCAGUAGGCGACCCGUUUGUUGUAAAAAAAAAUUCCCUUUUGCAAGAGGACUUCCAGGGUGACCCACCUUUUUGCAAGAUGAGGCGUUCUGGUACAAGUUGCUACGUGACCAGGUUUGAGAGAUGAGGGGUGCUCUCAGCUCUGGGCUGCCUACUGCUGCCCCACGUUCGCGGGGGUCUCUGACAACUGCAACAACCCUUAGGGUAAUAAGGCUUCGUCGGGAAUCCUGUGGGUGGCCGUGGGCUGACAACUGCAACAACCCUUAGGGUAAUAAGGCUUCGUCGGGAAUCCUGUGGGUGGCCGUGGGCCAUGGUAGGGUUGUCGGUCGGGUUACAGUGUUACACACUACUGGCCCAUCUUUGCGCGAAUCGCCAUGGUCACCCUGCCUUGGGUUGCAUUGCAGUUGCCUCUCCUGUGUUCUCUCUACCAUGCCUCUCUAGAUUCCUGCAUUAACCCUCCUCAGGGCAACAAACCUUGUUGGGAUUGUCGUGGUCCAUGUUACUAGCCUAAGGAUCAUUGUCCGUUCGAUGGUACAUCGCCCCCCGACCUUUGUCCGGAUUAGUGUUGUCAGCUUGUCACUGUACUCUGGGUUGCGCUGUUGUAGUGGUUAUGGGACUUCAAGUUGGCUCCUGUGGCGGACGCUGCAGGUUGGAUUCUGUGCCUGCAGUGCCCUGCACGGGCCCGCACAGAUGGAUCCGAGGUCAGGAAGUACGAACCCAAAACCAAAAACUUUUCCCUAUCAUGUUGGUAUGGGUGUGCAAUGCCGUCAUUGCUGUCUCGUCUCCACGACGAGCAUUAACUCUUUACGGAAAGGAGUCUUUGUCGGGAUAAGGACGCAUCAAGGAGACAUGGUAAACAUCAUGUACGUGAGUCUGUCAAAAGUAAUUAGGUAGUUUCACCCGAAAGCUGACCGGAUUAGCGGCAGUAUCAGAACCGACGACCUGAAGGAUGCGGUAUUGACCGAAGAAGCCAAGGCUGAACUUGCGAAGAGUAUCUGCUUCGAGCGGCAAGUGGCGUGCGGCGACGAGGACAUCGUCACCGACUUUGAAUGAAUGAUCCUCUCGUGA